UGGCGUUCUUCGCGGCUGCUCGUCGAUGGAAACGAAAACCAAAAGCCAAUCAUUUCUUUCUCUCUCCAGAACCAUCUUUCUCUCUCCAAUACAUUCUCCAUCUCCAUUCCGCUUAUUCCCUUUAAUCCUAUGCUUUUAUUCACUUUAUCCUUUUUCUUUGUGAUGGGUAUUCGUUGAUUUCUCUUUUCUUGGAAUUUCCGACUACCCAUCUCAGAUAAAGCUCUACCCCGAUCGGAUCCGGAUCCCAUUUCUCAAUACAUUGACUUUAUUUUCUGUUUUGUGAUGAAGUAACAAGAUUCCAAUUUGGGUGCCAAAAUGUGCAAUGUAAGUGUUGAUUAGGAGAAAAAUGUCAAUUGCGAGGUAAAUUUGGGUUCGGGUUCGGACGGUGGGUUGGAUUCAUGGGUGUCUGCUUUAGCGGCGAAUCAAAGCUGCAGGAGCAGGAUCAGCAGCAGCAACAGCAGAAACAUAUGCGCCAUGUUAAGAGCCAUUCAGUUUCAGGUGUUGGGCUAGAUGGCACUCCAGACAAACUAGAUAGGCAGAACUCACCCAAUCUCAAAACUCCAAACAGUGCUCCAUUGGCUGUAAGGGAUGUCAAAGAUCUUCGCCAGAAUCCUGGAUAUGGCAAUGUUGAUAUCUUUACAUAUGAAGAAAUGAGGUUGGCAACAAAACAAUUCCGGCCCGAUUUUAUCCUUGGGGAGGGUGGGUUUGGAGUUGUUUAUAGAGGAGUCAUAGAUGAGAAUGUGAAGCCUAGUUAUAAGUACACAGCAGUAGCCAUUAAGGAGCUUAAUCCUGAUGGGUUCCAAGGUGACAGAGAAUGGCUGGCUGAAGUGAACUAUCUUGGGCAGCUUAGUCACCCAAACCUUGUGAAGCUUAUUGGAUACUGCUGUGAGGAUGACCAUAGACUGUUGGUCUAUGAAUACAUGGCAAGUGGGAGCUUGGAAAAGCACCUUUUCCGAAGAGUUGGUAACACUCUGACAUGGUCAAAAAGGAUGAAGAUUGCUUUACAUGCUGCAAGAGGACUUGCUGUUCUUCAUGGUGCAGAAAGAUCUAUCAUAUAUCGUGACUUCAAAACAUCAAAUAUCUUGCUGGAUAGGGAUUUCAAUGCAAAACUCUCGGACUUUGGUCUUGCAAAGGAUGGACCCAUGGGAGACCAGACCCAUGUUUCAACACGAGUGAUGGGCACAUAUGGAUAUGCUGCUCCUGAAUAUGUGAUGACUGGCCAUUUAACAGCAAGAAGUGAUGUUUAUGGUUUUGGGGUAGUGCUACUUGAGAUGCUUCUUGGAAGGAGAGCCAUGGACAAGAGCAGACCUAGCCGAGAACAUAACCUGGUUGAAUGGGCUCGUCCACUUUUAAACAAUAAUAAGAAGCUUCUGAGAAUCUUAGACCCUAGAAUGGAUGGGCAGUACACAGCUAAAGCUGCAAUGAAGGUGGGCAAUUUGGCGUUCCAAUGCCUUAGCCAAAACCCCAAGGGGAGACCCCUUAUGAACCAGGUGGUUGAAUUACUCGAGACAUUUCAAACAAACGAAAGGCUUGAAGAGGCAACGCUUCUGGCUGGUGGUAGUAUUACCCUUUAUGAAGCCCCAAAUAGGUCUCCAAAUACUUCAGAAAAGAAAAGAAACCCAACCAGAAGUGGAAGUAACAAAGAAGAGGCUCAGAGGACGAGGCCUCCAGAUGUAAGGAGUAAGAGUGAGCCCCCAGCAGAUUUUGAUCUUAAUGAUUCUCCUAAUUUUCAGCCUGAUCAGCAACCUAAACCAACCAGGGCUUAGAGUUGUAGCGGGGACUGUCAAGGCAGUUCUGUCUAUUUGGUAUCCCAGAUGCUACAUAGUACAUACAGUUUCCUCCCACAGGGCAACAUGGGGGUAUGUUCAAAGCUUUUUGCAGCCGUUCAAUUUUACUGCACCUAUCUUUGCAAGUUUUCAAGUGCACCAGCAACCUGCACAUACCCAAUAUUCUCGUUUUCUAUCAGCUUUUCCCGUCUCAAAAUUGAGAAGAGGAGCUGGUAAACAGCAUAUUGUAUCAUCUGGGCCGUGUAUAAUUUUGAAGGCAUAUUUAAGUUGAGUUGUAAUCAGGUUUACUUUUAGAUUUGUUGAUUUAUGUGUUGUAAUGGACUUUCUUAUUCUUUUAUUAAUGCUUUCAUGGUUUUCUUUUUUUUUUUUUUUUUUGGGGGGGGGGGGGGGGUGUGGUAUAAAAUGUACAAUUAUAA